AUGCUAAGUGACAGAUCGCCUUUCUAUACCCUGUUUUCUGAAGCAGGUUUUGACUGGAAGAUAUCACAAGGUAAACAAUGUACGGCCCAAAGACCGAGCAUGAAAAGCACAUCAAUGGGUCUUGGGUACGUGGAUACAAUCCAACAGCCAUGGAUCAACGUCGCCGUACAUACUGUUCAUAAAUUUAUCAUGAGUGGUCCAGGGGAAAGCAGAGGUAGCCUGUCCAGUGCCCGCCAGUUCGACCCCGAUGAAAGGUUUGAACGCCGUCAAACCAUGGUCCAACCAGGCAUGGAGGGCAAAUACGUUGCCCGAGGUCAGUUCAGGGGAAAAGCAAUCGCUGUGUUUACCAGUGGAGGCGAUGCUCAGGGUAUGAAUGCGGCGGUUCGUGCUGUUGUUCGUAUGGGCAUUUAUUGCGGUUGCCGCGUGUUUUUCAUCAGAGAAGGAUAUCAAGGUAUGGUAGAUGGUGGGGAAAAUAUAGUGGAGGCCGGAUGGGCGGAUGUAUCCAACAUCAUCGAGAAGGGUGGAACGGUGAUUGGAUCCGCCCGCUGUAAAGACUUUCGUGAACGGGAGGGUCGUCUGAAGGCAGCGCACAACCUGGUCCGCCAUGGUAUUACCAAUCUAGUCGCCAUCGGUGGGGAUGGUUCCCUGACAGGAGCGAAUGAAUUUCGCAUUGAAUGGCCUUCAUUGCUUGAAGAGUUGGUAGCCAAACAUCUGAUCAACCAGGAACAAGCCACCGAGUGUAGCCAUCUGAAUAUAGUCGGCCUCGUGGGCAGUAUUGACAACGAUUUCUGUGGUACUGACAUGACAAUCGGUGCCGACUCUGCGCUGCAUCGGAUUAUCGAAGCUACUGAUGCCAUCUGCACCACCGCCUCCUCUCAUCAACGUUGCUUCAUCCUCGAAGUGAUGGGACGACAUUGCGGUUACCUGGCCUUGGUUGCUUCGAUGGCAUGCGAAGCUGACUGGGUUUUCAUUCCUGAGUUACCCCCAGCCGAUGAUUGGAAAGAGAAAAUGUGUGGCAAACUUCGACUGAACCGUGAUCUCGGUCAGCGUGUGAACAUUAUCAUGGUUGCCGAAGGCGCCAUCGAUCGGCAGUGCAAUCCCAUCACGUGUGAAGAAGUGCGCAAGCUCAUUGUCUCAGAGCUAGGUUUCGACACACGAAUCACUGUGCUGGGUCACGUACAACGAGGCGGUCGUCCGUCAGCAUUCGAUCGAAUCCUGGGGAGCCGAAUGGGCGCAGAAGCCGUGUUGGCUCUUAUGGACGCUGAUCGGGAUCAUGAACUUCCUGCUUGUGUGAUCAGUUUGGAUGGAAAUCAGGCAGUACGCGUUCCACUUAUGCGGUGUGUAGAAAAGACUCGAAUGGUUGCAACCGCUUUAAAGGAAAAAGACUUUGAUCGAGCAGUACAACUACGAGGACCGAGUUUUAUGGGCAAUCUGUGGACGUACCUAAAGCUAUCCAAGCUAAAACGCCCAAGAAAGAGCCAAAUGAAUAAUAUGCGACUCGGCAUCCUAAACGUGGGAGCUCCUGCUUGUGGUGUGAACGCUGCCAUGCGUAGUUUUGCUAGAUUAGCCAUCACCAAAGGGUACGCGGUGCUUGGUAUUCACGAAGGCUUCCUGGGAUUGGUUCAUGGUGCUGUGAGCGAGAUUCACUGGAACACUGUUCGUGGAUGGGUUAGCAUGGGCGGUUCUGCUCUAGGCACGCGCCGGGACAAACCAAGCGAAUUAGGACUACCUACUGUUGCUGAAAAGAUCAAAGAACACCGAUUGAAUGGACUAUUGGUCAUUGGUGGUUUCGAAGCCUACGAGUGUAUGAUUGAACUGGCAUCUGCACGUGACCUCUACCCAGAAUUGUGCAUCCCGAUGGUCAUGAUCCCCGCCACCAUCUCUAACAACGUGCCCGGUACCGAUUUCUCCCUUGGUAGCGAUACAGCAUUGAACGAGAUCACUGUGAUUCUUGACAAAAUCAAACAAAGUGCUAUGGGCACGAAACGCCGUGUCUUCGUUGUCGAGACCAUGGGCGGAUACUGUGGUUAUCUGGCUACCCUAAGCGGCCUUGCCGGCGGUGCUGAUGCAGCCUAUAUAUUUGAGGAGGAGUUCACCAUCGAUGACUUGCGUCAGGAUGUCGUCCACUUGCGGGCUAAGAUUGCCGACAAUGUGCAACGUGGUCUGAUUUUGCGCGCUGAGUUCGCUAACAAAAAUUAUACGAGCGAUUUCAUCUAUAGGCUGUACGCUGAGGAAGGCAAGGGAAUUUUUGACUGCCGGUGUAAUGUCCUUGGUCACAUGCAACAGGGUCACGAGCCUUCGCCUUUCGAUCGCAAUUUGGGCACAAAACUAGGAUCGAAGGCGAUCGAUUGGUUGGACGAACAGAUCGCUUCGAAUCUCACGGGUGACGGUAAUGUGUGCGCGAUAAAUUCCAAUUCAUGCGUCUUGUUGGGCGUUAUUCGACAGCAUGCAACCUUCAGUGAGAUAUUACAACUACGUGACCAUACAGAUUUCAAGCACCGAUUACCACGUGAAGAGUGGUGGCUCAAUCUUCGUCCGUUGAUGCGUAUCAUGGCCAAACAUGAUAGUCUGUAUGAAUCGGAAAGCAUUAUGGCCGGCGUGGAGAAGAUACACUGAAACACUGGUCAAGGCUGUCCCGCUCCAUUGCUGAUCGGGUGACGGUGACCAAACUUGUGUUAUUCGUGUUGCGCUCCGCGUUUGCACACACACGCACAUACCCGUCCGAGAUCUUCGAUGGAAGUCCAUCAGUUCCUUUUUCUGUGUAGUCGUUCAGAUUCGUAUAUUUGUAGAUGUCAUGACUAUUACUGACACUAAUAGUACUAAUACUGCUUUUACCUGUGUCUCUGUGUGCGCACACACCACAAGUACACACACCAACCCACAUACACCGAGACAUACACGAUGUUAUGUCGAUUGUGCCUAUCUAUAUCGCAAUCCUUCUUGUUCCUCACCCCUACACCCCACCCGUUUGUCGUCCUUUCAUCGAUCCACUACUCACUUAGUUGUCUUCAUGAUUUUCUUGCCUACAUUGUAACCAUCGCUAUUCACCAAUAGGUUUUUG